UAGAGAACGAGCAGUAUUGGUCCUCUGGCAGUUUUUACUUUUGAUUUUCUUUGUACAUGUCUGUUUCGUGAUUUUUUUCUACUCAUCACGGAGAUACUGGACUGCAAAAGCCCAGCCGUCAGCCAGCGUAACACGAAUUGUAGCAUAAUCAACGAAAGAGAACCAGGGAAACGUGCGGAGCUAGCAACCAAAAUUUUUAACUUUUGUGUUCUUUAUUUUACUGCAUGUGUUUGCUAAUCCAUCCGAAAAUAUUGUGGAACAGUGUGAAACUAAAUCCGUUUAAAAAUUUCAUCCUGAAAUUUGCAGGAGGAGGAAUAUUUUUGUAAUCCGACUUGGAUAUAGCAUAUACAUAGAUACUAGUGACGGAAAUCAAAAUGGAAUGUCCUCAUAUAAACGAUAAUGUCGUUCUACGGAAGGACUCAGUGAAAAGUUUGAAGCAAAUUCUGUGUGGAAGUGUUUCCCAGACUACAGCUGCACAAGGAUCCGGAACACCUACAAAUUCUCCAGCAGUACUAUCAAAAUUGUGGAAAUGCUCAGAAUGCGCUGGAAAGGACAACUGGAUGUGCCUACAGUGUGGAUCGGUGCUUUGCGGCAGAUACGAAAGUGGUCACGCAUUAAAACAUUCAUCCAAACAAAACCACAACAUCUGCAUCAACACAGUUAAUCUAUCGGUUUACUGUUACAAAUGUGACGAGUUUGUGAUAAACGAUACGUCCGAUAACGUGUUGGAAGAAAUCCGCCAGGAGCUGAAGGAUGGAGAUGCCGACAGCGUCUCGGAAACUUCCUCGACGAUGGAGGAAAUCAGUUCGUCCAAGUCAACUCAGGAGACCGCCAGUAGCACGUCAUCGUCGAGCGAUUCGGGAUGGGAGGAACCGGCUGUGCCGUCGUCCGUGGUGUCCUUGUCUUCGUCCAGUACGUCGUCGGUUGCUCGGAAGUUGCGACCCCGAAAACGAACGAUCUCCAAUGAUAGUAACAAUGAAAAUGGUGCCGGUAGUGCCAAAAGGAAGCCGAUGCGGCGCGUUGUUGGCCUGCGGAAUUUGGGCAACACGUGCUUCAUGAAUUCAGUAUUGCAAUCACUCAGUAACAUACAGGAGUUCAGCUGUUAUUUUAACGCGAUGCCAUCGCUAGAAACUGGUAAGCACAAGCAGAAGGCGUACCACUCGCGCAGCAUGAAAGAGAAUUUGGAUGAUGUUUUUGUGGUGGAAGAACUGCGAAAGGUCCUUUUAAACCUCAGUCAAGGUGGGGAUGGUUCAAAGGGAGCAAUAUCCCCGGAAUGUCUAUUUUUGGUGAUUUGGAAAGUAGUACCUCAGUUUCGGGGUCAUCGACAGCAUGACGCACACGAGUUCCUGCGAUACAUGUUGGACCGGUUGCACACCGAACUUCAACAGGUCUCUAUUCCAGUGGAUGUAUCCACAUCACCGUCGCAGAAAACGGGUGAAGCGAAACCCAAUCCCUACAAUGUACCCGCCCUGAGCCAUUUACAAGCAAAGGGACGAAAUUCAAUUGUGACCAACGUUUUCGGUGGCGUUCUGCAGAGUGAGGUGCGUUGCCUCAUUUGUGGUAUGGAGAGUAAAAAGCAUGAUCCAUUCCUCGAUUUGUCGUUGGACAUUCCGGAAAAAUUUUACAACAAAGACCCUCCUGAGGAUAACGACAAGGUUAAAAGUGGGAAUGCCCCAUCGUGCCACAUUUCAGACUGUCUAUCUAGCUUCACGGAGGUCGAAGAACUAGCAGAAACAGAACUCUACUACUGCAACUCCUGCAAAUGUAAACAGAAAUCUACGAAACGGUUCUGGAUUCGAAGACUGCCGAACGUGUUAUGUCUACACAUCAAGCGAUUCAGAUGGAAUAAUUUUUACAGAACCAAAAUUGACCUGAGGAUAUCGUUUCCCAUAAAAGCACUAGACAUGUCGCAGUUUGUAUUAAAUAAUGGUCCAGAGACGAGACGUUCGAAUUCUAGUUGCAACGUGUACGAUUUAGCGGCUGUUAUAGUACAUCAUGGAAAUGGCUCCAGCUGCGGACAUUACACCUCCUAUGCGAAUAAUAACGGCGUAUGGAUGCAUUUCAAUGACCACACGGUGAAAGAGGUCAGCAGCUCGGCGGUUGCUGAAUGCAAACCGUACAUUCUGUUUUACAUUAAGCGAGAUACGACCAGCACUAGCCGGCUCUCCCUGGCGGAAACUACUACGAGCGUGGCGUCUUGAGAUUAAGUUUAUUCUUCAUUUGAGACUGAUUAAUAUAGCAUAAUAAGCAUGCUGCACACAAGAAAAGAAGAAACACACACUACCGAAACCUGGUUUUUAUUCUAACUAUGGAGUUUUCUGUUCCGAGAUUGGAAACAAAACAACUAACGAUAAGCCAAGGGAAAAAAUGCGAUGUUAAAAUGGUGGGUAAUGAUGAAGAAAAUUUAUAGCAGGUUCAAAUCACCCACAAGAUAUUGAUUGACGGGUUAGAUCCUUCAGUUCAAUUCUGUUUUCUGUUCGAAUAAUGAUCCCCCAUUAUAGGAAUAAUUGUGAUAAAUUAAAGCAUUUUAGUGUCCUAUUUCUUUCAACCAAAACUCUUAACUUAAAUAUACAGAACCAGUCCAGUUUGCGAGUGCGAAUGUGUUUCUUUGGAUUUUGCUGCUUUAUAAAGAGUUCAUCGGCAGAAUGCAGUUUUUUUCAUAAUAAUUUUUGCAACCGUUCAGAGAUUCUCAAAGAGGCCGCUGCGUUUUUGUGAUUUUAUAUUCUUUAGUUUUAGUGAUUUAGUUUUAAUUUCCAUCGAAAUAGUGCCCACCCAGUUCCGUUCGUUCGUUUUGUUCGCUCAAAGUUUUACGCUGUGAAUAAAAUAUAACAUCCGUGAUGAA